GGAUAAUUAGAUAUCAUUUUUGACUUUGAAGGACAAAAUUGGUGAAAUGAAUUAAUAUUUUGUGUUUUAACGUCUCUUCUAAACAUUUAAAAAAACUCUUUUUCUAAAAUAUAAGAUAAGAAAUUUAUUGAAAAUUUUAAUAAAAGAAUUGGAAAAUGUUACUAAAUAAAUUAUGCAAGUUGUCUACGUCUAUAAAGCCUUCUAUAUUACCAAAAUACAGUAAGAAUUGCAAUGGUUAUGUAUUCUCUAUUAUCAAUCGCCGUUAUACAAGUGGCGAUUCUGUUGAUCUAGUUGUUAUUGGCUCAGGACCUGGUGGAUAUGUGGCUGCUAUUAAAGCAGCCCAGUUAGGGUUAAAUACUGUCUGUGUUGAAAAAAAUUCUACUCUGGGUGGUACAUGUUUAAAUGUUGGAUGUAUUCCAUCAAAAGCUCUAUUAAAUAAUUCACAUUAUUAUCAUAUGGCUCAUUCUGGAGAAUUAAAUAGUCGAGGAGUUGAAGUUGGGAAUGUAAAGCUUAAUUUAGAAGUAUUAAUGAAAACUAAAAACAAUGCAGUAACUGCUUUAACUGGUGGAAUUGCACAUUUAUUCAAAUCAAAUAAGAUUACUUUAGCAAAAGGUCAUGGGAAGAUUAAGGAUCCUAAUACAGUAACAGUACUUAAAGAAGAUGGUUCUUCAGAUGAUAUAAGAACUAAAAAUAUUCUAAUAGCUACAGGAUCUGAAGUUACACCUUUCCCAGGAAUUGAAAUUGAUGAAGAAACCGUAGUAUCUUCUACAGGAGCUUUAAAACUUUCUAAAGUACCUGAAAAAAUGAUUGUAAUUGGUGCAGGUGUUAUAGGACUUGAACUUGGAUCUGUUUGGAGUCGCUUAGGUGCACAAGUAACAGCUGUUGAGUUUAUGCCUACAAUUGGUGGAAUUGGAAUUGAUAGUGAAAUUUCCAAACAAUUUCAAAAAAUUUUAACUAAACAAGGUUUAGUAUUUAAAUUAGGUACUAAAGUAAUUAAUGCAAACAAAUCUGAUGGAAAGAUAUUUGUUGAUGUUGAAAAUGCAAAGGAUCCUUCAAAAAAAGAAACCUUGGGUUGUGAUGUCUUACUAGUCAGUGUAGGACGUCGUCCUUAUACUUAUAACUUAGGAUUAGAAGAAAAUAAUAUUGAAAAAGAUGCAAAGGGUAGAAUACCUGUCAACUCUAGAUUUCAAACUGUUGUUCCAAAUAUUUUUGCCAUUGGUGACUGUAUACAUGGUCCUAUGUUGGCACAUAAAGCUGAAGAUGAAGGCAUAGUGUGUGUUGAAGGUAUAACUGGUGCUCCUGUUCAUAUUGAUUAUAAUUGUGUACCUUCAGUUAUUUAUACUCAUCCAGAAGUUGCUUGGGUUGGAAAAUCUGAAGAAGAUUUAAAAAAUGAAGGUAUUGAUUAUAAAAUUGGCAAAUUUCCAUUUGCUGCUAAUAGUAGAGCUAAAACAAAUAAUGACACAGAUGGCCUUAUAAAAGUUUUGGCUGAUAAAGCAACUGAUAAGUUAUUGGGUUGUCAUUUGAUUGGACCAGGAGUUGGAGAAUUAGUUAAUGAAGCUGUUUUAGCUAUGGAAUAUGGUGCUUCUUGUGAAGACAUUGCCAGAGUUUGUCAUGCACAUCCGACAUGUUCAGAAGCUUUACGGGAAGCAAAUUUAGCAGCAUACUUUGGAAAAGCCAUAAAUUUUGGUUAACUUUGGUGAAUAGUUCCCCAUCAUACAAUUAUAUAAAUGUAUUUAUUAUAAGCCUUUCAGAAUGAAAGAUCUACUGAAUAUUGUUUUAGUUAAUGUUACUCGUUUAAUAAAAUUUUGGAUACAUUUUAAAGUUA